CUCGAACAGAACAUUCAGGCGAUUUGUGGUGCUCUGAUGCAGAGAAAGACUGAAAGACAAAGUACCAAUUUAAGCUUAGGAUCAGAGCAGAGCCUCAAAUUCCCUUUCGUUGUUCGUGAAAGAGAGCCGCUCCAGCGAAUCAGAGAUCCUUCUUUCAUUGCUUCUCAGGAAAGUGAAAUGAGGGGUAGAAGUUACAGCUACAGCCCUUCACCACCUAGGGGUUAUAGCCGAAGACGUCGUAGCUCUAGCCCCAGGGGCCGCUAUGGAGGUCGUGGUAGAGAUCUUCCUACAAGCCUUUUGGUUCGAAACCUUCGUCUUGACUGCAGGCCAGAGGAUUUACGUCGGCCAUUUGGGCAGUUUGGCCCCCUCAAGGACGUUUACUUGCCUCGAGAUUAUUAUACUGGGGAGCCACGUGGCUUUGGGUUUGUCCAGUAUGUAGACCCUUCCGAUGCUGCAGAUGCCAAAUAUCAUAUGAAUGGUCAGAUUCUUCUUGGUCGUGAAUUGACUGUUGUUUUUGCUGAGGAAAACAGAAAGAAGCCUUCAGAAAUGAGGAACAGAGAGCGUUCUAGGGGUCGAGCAUAUGCACGAACUUACUCUCGAAGUCCAGAUUAUUAUUCCCCUCACCCUAGACGGAGGCGUUAUUCGAGGUCGAUUUCCCCCAGAGAUAGAAGGUACAGGGAGCGAUCAUACUCGAGGUCACCUUCUGGGUCACCCAGGGACACAAGCUACAGGGGGCGAUCAUACUCGAGGUCAACUGAUGGGUCAAGGAAUCGCAGCCGCAGCUUUACUAGGAGCCGCAGUCGAAGCCCGGAUUACUAACUCAUUAGUGAUUAGUUAAUACUUAAUAGAGGUCGUCUAUGAGCUAGAAUUUUAUUGGAAGCCAGGUACCUUAUUCUAGAAGUGGACUUUUAAUUAGCCUGGUUUGAUGUACUAAUAAUUUGAUGCUUGUGACGAUUUAGAACCUUUUUUUUUUUUUAGGAGGUGACGAUAUAGAAUUGUUACUUUUAUAAGUAUUUCCCUCAACGCUUCUAUUAUUAUGGGAAAUUUAUUAGAUUUUUCCAUAUUUUUAAUUUGCUAACGUAUCCAUUACGAUAUGACUUGAGCUCACAAGACUCGUUCAUCAUAUUAAACAACAAUAAUCAUACUCAAUAUUAUACAUUGCAAUUUUAUUUUAUUUUUUCUAAGUACUGAAUAUGUAGUUAUGUCAACCAAAACGCAUAACAUCCACCUCAGCAUCCUCAUAUAAAAUCUACAGCUUGAUCUAGUCGACAGCUAGUGCUCGACAUACUAUAAUCGCUCGCUGCUACGUCUGUCAACACAGCCGAUUAGAUCUCCACGCAGCAGCCUGAUUG